GCAACCCUUCAGUGCAGAAGUGCAUCAAUCGCAGUUUGUCUUUAACGUCGCAGUUAAUUCCGCAAAUAAAAUACCAACCGUCAACAUGAAAUCCUUCAUUGCUCUUUUCGUCAUCCUCGCCAUCGCUGCCGUCUACGGAGCUGACGACACCAAGACUACCGAAAAGCGUGGAAUUUACGGUGGACUGGGAUACGGAUACCCAUCAGCAGGCUACAGCGGUGUGCACGGCGGCUACUACGGUGGACUCGGCGGAUACUCCGGUCUGGGCUAUGGCGGAUACGGUGGAUACCAGUCUGCUGGAUACUAUGGCGGAUACCCAGCUAGCGCUGGAUACCUCGGCGGCGGUCACGGAUACUACAGCGGUGGCCUGCACGGAUACCCCGGAUACGGUGGACUGGGAUAUCACGGUCUGCACUAAGCAGCGUCCUCGACGAUGAGCUCCUAUGCUGAAACAAGGCUGUUCCUUUCCAACCCACCCAAAUGAUAUGUCUACUAUGAGGCGAAGACUUUUCAACUACUUUUUUUUUUAUAAAACCACGUGUGAAGUUUGGAUUUGACAAACCGAAAUAAUAUCGGACGACAUGUACUAUUUUUAUAUCUAUUUUUUAUAUAUAUGUCUACUACUCCUUAUACUCAAUAUCGACGAAGCGAUACACUGUCAAAGUUGUAGUGUUUUCAAAUUUUACUGCGUGUAAAUACUUGUGAUGAUUUACUUUUUCGUACGUGACCUUUUACUCUUUUACCCCUGUCUAGUAUGUAGAUUUUGUACAGUACAAUAAAAACUUUUAAAAACAA